AUGUUUCUGCCUGCUUUACGUCCAGCUUUAGUCGCCAAUAAGGCUGCUUUCGUUCUUCCUGUGAGGACCUUCUUAUUUGGUUUCUUGUCUCAGUUUAACAAGAAACUCAUAUAUCCUCCCAACCCGGACCAGAUCACCACCAAGAAUAGACUCUUCCCCACAUACAUUGAAAACCAAACAGAAUUGGGCAAUGUUAUUUUGACAAAAGAACCUUUAUUACUCAACUUCACUAUGCCAGGUGACGAAAAGUGCAAUAAGCUCACGCAGUCUUUGUUUGACGUUCUCAGUGACAAGUCAAAGUACCCAUUGAGCGUUGAUAAGCUGGUGUCGCUUGCAAACAUUGCCUGUGACGGACCAGGCGGUAGAGAGUUACAACAGUCGUAUGCUGUUUCAAAGAUACCGACUGUGGUGUUGUUGAAAAAACAGAUGGUGGCGGAUAGAUUCAUUCCCGCAGACGUUGGCAAGUCAGAAGCCGAAUUGACCGAGUGGAUCAAGUCUGUCUACUAA